GCCGCCGCCUCCACCCCGGCUGUGGCCCCUGCCGGUUACAUAACUCGUUUCGGGCUCCGCGCGGCCCCACUUCUCGGCAGCCCGCGACCCCAGGAUGCUUUGAGCCCCACGACAGCGUCCGCUGCCGCCAGCUCCCGUCCGAGGUGUCAAUGACAGAGGUGGUGCCGUCCAGCGCCCUCAGCAAGGUCAGCCUACGCCUCCUCUGCCACGAUGACAUAGACACCGGGAAGCAUCUGUGUGGCGACUGGUUCCCCAUCGAGUACCCAGACUCACAGUAUCGUGAUAUCACCUCCAACAAGAAGUUCUUUUCCCUUGCCGCAACCUACAGGGGCGCCAUCGUGGGAAUGAGAGUAGCCGAAAUAAAAAGUAGGAGCAAGAUACACAAGGAGGAUGGAGAUAUUCUAGCCUCCAACUUCUCUGUCGACAGGCAGGUUGCGUACAUUCUAAGUCUGGGAGUAGUGAAGGAGUUCAGGAAGCACCGCACAGGUUCCCUUUUUCUUGAGAGUUUGAAGGAUCACAUAUCAACCACCGCCCAAGACCACGGCAGAGCCAUCUACCUGCAUGCCCUCACCACCAACAACACAGCAAUCAACUUCUAUGAAAACAGAGACUUUAAGCAACAUCACUAUCUCCCCUAUUACUACUCCAUCCGAGGGGUCCUCAAAAAUGGCUUCACCUAUGUGCCCUACAUCAACGGCAGCCACCCUCCCUGGAUCCCGGACCUGGGCUCCGCGCUAGCGAACCUGAGCCCUUGCUCCCUCCCGCACAGGAUCUACCUUCAGGCCCACAGCCUGCUCUGCAGCUUCCUGCCGUGGUCUGGCAUCUCCAGCAAGGGGGGCAUUGCCUACGGCCGGACCAUGUGAUGCCAGCUGGGCGGCCGCUAGCAGGCCCCGCCCUUCAGC